UCUGUGCGUUAGGUUUUUGUUGAGAAAUUUAUUACUUCAGGGAAAUUUGUAUUCAUUUCCAUUUUCAAAUACUAAACUUAUUAAACCUCAAUAAUGUCUCAACUGAAAUCAAAUAAGAAGUUCAAAUGGGCAAUGGACUACAACCAAAAAAAUCGCACGCAACCUAUAGACUGCCCUUCUCCACCAGGCUACAGCCAGUCAACAGGAGCUAGCUACUCUGAAUCUUCUAAAGACGCAGACUCAAACCUGCUUUUAAUUAAGAAACUGUGGGAUGUGGCACUUGGACCGCUAAAACAAGUACCAAUGAACCUGUUCAUAAUGUACAUGGCAGGCAACUCUAUUUCCAUAUUUCCUAUUAUGAUGGUUGGCAUGUUGAUUGUCAGGCCAGUGAAAGCCUUAUUCGCCACCCAGAGCACAUUCAAGAUGGUGGAGGGAACACAAGCUGCUGGUCAAAAAUUUGUUUAUUUCAUAGGAAAUGUUGUCAAUAUAUUGCUUGCACUGUAUAAGUGUCAAAGUAUGGGAUUAUUACCUACACAUUCUAGUGAUUGGCUUGCAUUUGAAGAACCACAAACAAGGGUAGAGCACAUUGGUGGCGGACUAUCCUUAAUAUAAACUCAGUAUAUAAUGUUCAGCUAGUUAAUUUUAUUUAUCAUUGUAUAGAAUUAAUAAAAAAUAUGUACAGUAAUAGAAAUAGUU